AUGAGCCGCGCAUUGGUCCUGAGCUUCUUCCUGGUGGCGGCUCGCAUCCAAGCGACGCGUACCUUGGAGGGUCGUGGCGGGACCAUGCAAGAUAUGGAGGUGAUCAGGGCGGUGGGCAACUCUGUGAAGGAGCAGCAUGCCAGUGACGCUCGCGUGAGAGAUGCCGUCGAUAAGGUCCGCAACAAUGCCGUGCAACUCAUCAAAGAGAUCGAUGAUGCUGCCAAGAGCGGCAGCGAUUGGGAGUUUUGCGGUUUUCCCACAGUCUGCAAGGGCGCGACGCCUCAAUGCUGCAAGUACUGGAUGGGGGCCGUGCAAGACUAUCUCUAUACUUGCGACCCCAACGACCAUUCUGUCAACGUGCUUGAGCGUGCCUUCAUGGAUGCCUUCCACACCUCCGUGUCGCGGGCGGCAGGAGAUUCGCUGGACUGCCAGGGUGAGAACGCCAACUUCUGGAACUCGGUGAAAGUGGCCUCAGCUUCAAUCAACAUCAGCCACACCUAUGGGCAGGCAGGGAGCUACGUCUCCAAAGAGUUGGCGGAAGCCCUGGUGCGGAGGACCCUGGCCUGGAGAGACGUCCCUGGCCAGUGGGACAAGGACAAGAAGCUCUGCCCCGAGGGUGCCAUCGCGGCCAUCGACCUGGUGAUCGGUAUCCUCGACGAAGACCACGGGCGCGACACAGCUGUGCAGGUGUACCAGAAGCGCCUUGACCUUGCGGCUGUCAGACCACAUGGCGCUCACGCAGAGGCUGUACCCUGGAGGACGCAGGAUCUGGCAAUCGAGCACGUUCCAAGGCUUCUGGGACUGGAGGACAGCCACAGUUGCCAUGGAAGCAACAUCAAGAUCUUCAUCUACCGCCUGCCGCAGUUUACGCACAUGCUGAAGCCACUGCUGCGCUGUGCGCAAAAGAUGCCACAAUGCACGGCCUCUGUACACAUCCACCGUUGGCUCGAGAGCGGCAGCUGUCUGACGGAGGAUCCCGACUCCGCUGACCUCUUCUUUCUGCCGGCGUAUGAGGCAUGCUACAAUGAGACCGCUUGCGCGGCGGCAGACGACACUGAGAGGUGCUGGCCGAACGAUUUUGAUCCCCUCUCCCUGCCCUACUUUUCGCGUCGCGGCGGGCAGGACCACAUGUUCCUCUUUGCCUGCAACCUCUUGCCUUUCAUGGACUCCAUCAUGAUAAGAGCAAGGACCUGUAGCAGCCGGCAGGGUUCGCAUGUUCGUGCUAUUGUCGGGAAGGUAUCCUGCGAGCGGCGAGUGCUUCUAAAUCCUCGACCAAGAAUCCUAAGCCAUAGACGAGACGAGCUCCCUAAACCCUAA